UAGCAGUGGAUGCUCUUCAGGUCAGUGUGGGUUAGAGGGAAUAACCAUGCUUGGAGAAGGGUUGGAGACGUCCAUUCUUACAUUAAACCGCUCUGCCCUAGGUCAGGUGACAGCGUAAGUGUCCCUUGCUUGAUUAUGAAGCAGUGAUACUAAUAAUAUUCCUCUGCACUUUCAGUUGAGGGAAGUUUCUCAUAAAUAUUUAUUAUUUAAUUUUCUUUAUACUGUGCUAAGCACUUGGGAUUCAAGUAUUUAAUGUCUCUCUAAAGAAACUGAAGACAGUGAGUGGAAAAACACAAACAGAUCAUUUCAACAAGAUACGGUAGUUCUACCCAACUGAGGUGUUGUGGGAGCCCGGAGGAUGGGAGGGUGUGUCAAAGGACAUCGCUCCUAAUGAUGGGGAAGCAUAAGAGAACAUUUUCAGGACAGACUAGUCUUCCUUGAGUCUCCCACAGGAGAGGAUCCUGGGGCAGGGAUGGUGUAGGGCAGGUGCCUCUCUAGGGAAGGGAUUUGCAGCAUCUGAGAGAAAGAGCAUCCCUUACAAGACAUUGGGGACAGAAAUGUAGGUGAAAGAGUCGGAGGUUUGUAAUCCAUUUUAUUCAAUCAUGGAUGAACACUGCUGAGAGGCCCCUCUGUGCUGGGCCCUUAGCUAAGGAUCAUGACCACAGAGGUGAGUAAAAUAGGAUCCCACCUUUCACGCAAUGCUCAGUCUAGUGACUGGUGAUUCAUGAGAAGUGUAGUGAUGGUGGGUUCAUUGGAACCAGUGGCCCAUGCCUCAUGAGAUGACCUCAGUGGAUGUCCUGGGCCAGUGAACCUGGACUUCAGCCAUAUUUCAGCAUCUCGCAAUACAGUACACCAACACCUCAGCUCCAUGUUGAGUCAAAGCAGUUAACACAGCCAAGGUAUUCAGAGGACACUGAUGAUAUCAGUAGCUAUAGGCUGUUUCCAGCUGGGGAAAUGAAGUAAAUUUAAUAAGUCUUCUAAAUGUGUCCUUGCCAUAAUGAUAAAUAACUUCAUCUUGAUAAUGAAUUAUAUUCUGGUAAGUUAAUUAUAACUUACCAUAAUGAGAAAUAACUUUAUCCUGAGUACAGCAGACACACAAGCCCUUGAGGACACAUGCCUGAGGAUUCUGAUGAAGAUAUGAUGUCCAAAUAUGUGCACAGUUGGACCUACAGGCCAGCUUUGAAACAGUGGAAGACCUAGUUUCAAAUUCAAGGUUGCUUUGAGUAGAAAUUCACUUUACCUCUCUUUGCAUGGCAAUGGGGCCAGUCUUCCCUAAGCUACCCCUUACAAGAAAGGGAAUCAUACUGGUAAGAAUUCAGAAUGCAGCAAACAUGGGUAAGUAAGGAAGUCUUAUAAAUGUGUUCUAGCCACCUAGCAAGAAACCAGGAAUUUAGCAAGUUCAUUCACAUUCAGGACAGUUGUGUUCACUAGAUCAGAGGCCCUGAGACAUGAAGAAGAGACCCCCCUAACAAGGGAAAGUGUUUCUUCCUGUCCUAGGACAUCACUGCCAACUUCAGGGAAGUGGGAACACAGCUGCCCGCUUUACAGUAUGGGCUGCUUUUGUGCCUGGAAUGUAUCUGAUGUCCCAAGGCCUGUACCUAUUUCAGGGAGCCUUGAGAGGAGCCUGAAUCACUGAUGGAAUUGGACAGUGCAUGGAGAUGGUUGAGCAGGACGAGGUUUCUGGCUGUACCUGUGGUGCCCCCAACGUCAGCAUGGUGGCAUCCGGCAGGACGUGUUCCAGGAAAACCACAGAGGUGAACUUUCCUGAUAUCAUCGAGAAUUCCUACUCCCAGCAGGAAGAGACCAAACCCAAUUUCAGAGACAGCAAAUAUAGACUUCUUAUGAGCCAGGUGGCCUACUUCCAGAACUACCAGCUGAAGACAUACAAAGAUCGAAAAGAUCACGAUGAAGAACAGAUAUACAGAGACAGCAGAAAUAAACUUCUUAUGAGUCAAGUGGCCUACUACCUGGGCUGCCAGCUGAAGACGGAAGUCCCUGGCUUUCUGUGUUGUGCCCCAAAUGUCAACAUGGUGGCAUCUGGCAGGUCUCCUUCCAGAAAAAGCACAGAAGUGAACAUUCCAGAAGGCAAUGAGAAAUCCUGCUCCCAACAGGAAGAAAACCAACUGAAUGUCGGAGCCAAGAAAAAUAGACUUCUUAUGAGGCAGGUGGCGUACUUGCUGAACUACCGGCUGAAGAUAUACGAAGAUCGAAAAGAUCAUGACGAAGAACAGAAAUGCCGAGACAGCAAAAAUAAACUUCUUAUGAGUCAAGUGGCCUACUACCUGGGCUGCCGGCUGAAGACAGAAGUCCCUGGCUUUCUGUGUUGUGCCCCAAACAUCAGCAAGGUGGCAUCUUUCAGGACUCCUUCCAGAAAAAACACAGAGGUGAACAUUCCAGAAGGCAUUGAGAAAUCCUGCUCCCAGCAGGAAGAUAACAAACCGAAUGUCGGAGUCAGCAAAAAUAAACGUCUUCUGAGUCAGGUGAACUACACCCUGAACUACCAGCUGAAGACAUACAAGAUUAAAAAUGACCAAGAAGAGGAAGAAGACCAAGGCCCACCAUGCCCCAGGCUCAGCAUGGAGCUGGUGGAAGCAGAAGAGCCUGAAGUCUUCCGGUACUCACUGGAUAAAUUGUAUUCAACGUAUACAGCUUAUCCUGAGUUUUACUACACAUGCCAGGCUUACACACAUGCCAUUUUUUUACUUGUGGAAGAGCAUGUUCGCCUGACUUUGGACAUGGACAGUAGGUUUCUUACUAUGACAGUGAUAAAACUCCAGUUGGUCUACCGGAUAGGGGUCAUAUUCCCACACUAAGACAACAUGUCACCUGGGACUCUGCCGGUGCAGAGUAUGGACAACACCAUGUUCUUGCUGAAACACUUAGCCUGAGUUUCAUAGCCUGAGGUAAUCUCCAGACAACUUCAGAAUGUAGAGUAGUGAGCAGCACGCCUGACCUGUCUCCUUCAGACAGCCCAUGUCACCACAAAUCACACAACUAAAAGGAGAAGAGACAUUUUGGGUCGAAAAAGAGUCAAACGAUAAUGUAGCUACAUUGCUUUAGUUCUUUUGAACCCAAAGUGUCUCCUCACCUUUUUGUUGUCAUUGAUGGUGGUGACAUGGGCUUCUUUGUAGAGGACAGGUCAGCUGUCUGGCUCAAUGAUCUACACUCUGAAGUUGUCUGAAAAUGUCCUCAUGAUUAAAUUCAGCCUAAGUGUUUUUCCGGGAACACUGCAGGGUCAAUGCUACCUCACCCAUCUGCAGGCAGAGAUGGUCCCAUGUGUCUACCACCAUGAUCAUGGUACCAGGACUAUUCCACCAUUUGUCUACGACCAUGAUCGUGGCACCAGGACUGUUCCACCAUUUGUCUACCACCAUGAUCAUGAUACCGGGACUGUUCCACCAUUUGUCUACCACCAUGAUCGUGGUACUGGGACUGUUCCACCAUUUGUCUACCACCAAUAUUGUGAUACCCGGACUCUUCCACCAUUUGUUUAUGACCAUUAUCUUGAUACCAGGACUGUUCCACCAUUUGUCUAUCACCAUGAUCGUGGUACCAGGAGUGUUCCACGAUUUGUCUAUCACCAGGAUCGUGGUACCAGG